CGACUGUCUCUCCCCCGUUGAUCUGCUCGCGAGACGGGCUGCCUCAGUGGUUGUCCUGUGGGUUCUACUUGCCAGCUUCUUGUCAGACAUUUACCUCUACGGGCACGCGCAUUAUCGAACGACUGGUUGUAACACGUCACCCGACGACUGAAGUCCUCGAUCGAUUCGCAGCACAGUCGCAUUUGGUCUCGGGAUUUUAUUUUAUCAGGAAUACUGCUCUCGCAUUUGGACAGGAAUCGCGAUCGCGAAUCCAAUUCUCGGUGUUGACCGUUGAGCGCACACUGAUACGAAUGUGAGGACACGGGCUGUCCUUUGGUUAUCCGCCCCCGCAUUGCGCUAAAACCUCACUGGGCUUGUCCACAACUUGCUUUGUACCACAGACCAGGAUGUUCCACUCAUCGAAACCGUAUUCGGCCGUGUCCGUCCAGAUUGAAGUCCUCACUGGCGAGCAGUAUGAGGUCGAAGACUCUAGCGGAAUUGUUGAUCUGAUUGAAGCCAUCCGUAUCCAAGCCAGCGGACCGACAGAAGCGAGCCGCGCAUUGCGAAAGAAGCUGAAGUACGGGAACAUCCACCGCCAGCUACGGUCGCUAACCAUUCUUGACUUCUUGAUCCAAAACACCGGCGACCGCUUCCUCCGGGAAUUCGCAGAUGAGCCAUUACUCGAGCGAUUGCGGAUCGCAGCCACCGACCCGGUCUCCGACCCCCUGGUCAAGCAGAAGUGCAAGCAACUCUUUGGACAAUGGGCCGCCUCGUAUAAAAACACCCCGGGCAUGGAGCGCGUGACGGCGCUCUACCGCCAGCUGCCGAAACGCAAGCAACCGGCCACUCAGGCCAAGGCCAAGGUCCUACGGGAGUCUGGCACUUCCAAAGACCCGCCCCUGGGCCACAGCGUCUCCAUCUCCGCUGGCAACGGGCCAUCGACCGUCGUCGGCAACUCCAAGCACAAGCACUCGAGCAGCAAGUCCCUCAAGAAAGAGAAAAAGGAAAAGAAGGAAAAGAAGGAGAAGAAAAUAUACACGCGCCCAUUCAAUCUCGAAAGAGAGAAGUCCGAGAUGCUGCAGACGCUCGCAUCUUCCUCCCUCGCCAGCACCAACCUCCUGAACGCGCUCAAACUCGUCAACCGGGAGACGCACCGCGUCAGCGAAGACGUCGAGUGCCUGCAGCGAUUCGAGACCUGCAAAGAGCUCCGCCGCCAGAUCCUGCGGUACAUCCAGCACGUAGAGAGCGAAGAGUACCUCGGCAGCCUGAUCCACGCCAACGAGGAGCUGGUUACGGCGCUGAUGGCCUUCGAGGUGCUCGACAAGAGCGUCGACUACGACAGCGACAGCGACCAGGACGUCCUCGAAACGGGCUGGACCCCGGACCGCGACGACGUCCCGGAGGCCUUUGCCGGCCUGUCCAUCAACCCGCCCAAGCCGCCCCGACCCGCCCGCCCACUAAGCAUGCCCGUCGGCUCGUCCCCGUCGCAGUCGCGGCCCCGAAUCUACGACAGCGCAAGCAGCGACUCGGACUCUGAUGAAGACGACGACGACGAGGACAACCCUUUCGGCGAUCGGAAUGCCAUCCGCACUCCCCGCCUGGAGCAAUCCCAACCCACCUGGAGAGAAGUAUGACAGACAAACAGCUAGAAGCAGACUUUCGCGGCCAAUUAUCUCAUGUCAUUAUGGCCCCACUGACAACCCCCGGAACGCUGAAGGUCAUAUGGACAUCCAACGAAUUUAUUACUGAUGAGAUACGUGCACGAAAAUGAAGGACUUUAUCGUAUCUGAAUGUGGGCGCGAGCGUAGUAGUUAGACUGGAGGUCCGGCAAUCCGGACAUGUACCACACAGUAUGAAUCCAAAUUAGAACUGUUAUUAUUAUCAUUCUAUAGUACAGUUUGUCACACUUACUCAAUCACAGAACCACUACACUGCCUAGUAAAGUGCACUACAAGCAUAGACGUAUC